AAGGCUGUGAGGCAGAGCCCGGCCUGCGCGGAAAGAAACUUUAAAAUAUAUAUAUAAAAAAACCGGGGUUUGGGGACGAAAGCGGCAGGUUUUCGCCAGGUGAGAGGUUUGGAAAGAACGGUAAACCUCCGGAUAAAAACGGCAGAGCUUCCCCCUCAGAAAAGAAAGCAAACAAACAGCAAACUUCUAAAAAGGAGCAGAUUUCCCCCAAAAAGCACCCUGCCGAAAAAAAAAAAAAAGCAGCAGAGCGUCGCCAGCGAGAGAGGAGCACCCCUGCUGCCGCCUGCCAUGGCCUCGUGGGGCGGAAACGGCUCUGAUUGCCCCAACGGCUCCCGCUGGGUGCUCGAGGUGUUUGACGAGUGCGCCCAGGACGGCCGCGACAUCGCCAGCGUGGUGCUGGGGCUGGUCUCCAUCUGCUGCUUUGCCGCCGCGUCAUUCCCGCAGUUCUACCAAGCCUGCAAGACGGGCAUCAUGGACCGGGCCCUCUCCAUAUACUUCCUACUGGGAUGGCUGGGGGGGGACCUCCUGAACCUCAUCGGUUCCUUCUUGGCGAACCAGCUGCCCCUGCAGGUCUACACGGCCGUGUACUACGUGCUGGCAGACCUGGUCAUGCUGUCUCUGUACUGCUACUACAAAGCUAAGAACCAGGGCCGAGGAUUCGUGGCUCCCAUCAACGUGGCCUGCCUCUUCUGCCUCCUGGGAGCGGCCUCGACCGUCCCCUUGCUGGGCAGGGCCCCAGGCCUGGCCUCCGACUCCACAGCCUUCAGAGGGAGGUCUCUGCUCUCUGCUGGCCUGGAGGAGCCUGAGUCCAAGCCUUUCACCAGGAGCGAGAUCAUCGGCUUCACCAUCGGCUCUGUCUCCUCCGUGCUGUACCUCUGCUCCCGUCUCCCCCAGAUCUACACCAAUUACCAGAGGAAAUCCACCGCUGGCGUCUCCUACUCCCUCUUCGCCCUGGUGAUGCUGGGGAACUUGCUGUACGGUGCCAGCGUGCUGCUGAAGAACCCCGAGCCGGGGCAAAGUGAAGGAGACUAUGUCCUGCACCACCUGCCCUGGCUCAUCGGCAGCCUGGGCGUCCUCUCCCUGGACGUGGUCAUCUCUUUCCAGUUCCUUGCUUACCGCGAAGGGCAGACAGGUACAGGUGAAGAGAGAGAUGCUCUUCUCGGCGGGCAGGGCAGCGGCUUGGACAGCUGACAAAGGAGCGCGGCCCAGCGCCAGAGCAGCAAGGUACUGGUGGCACAGGAUGCUGCUGAGAGACCUCAUGCCACAUAGAUACCAAUGAUGCUACCGGGAUAAACAGAAAAACUUUCAAUACCUCAGCAGGUCACUCUUCCCUGCUCUGAGCUCCGCAGCUGACCUCAGUCACUUCUGCUUUCUGUACCUCAGCGGUGAUGUGGAGCUUGCACGCUGCGGGCAGAAGCGAUGACGAGAGCCAAAGGAGCUGCGGGGAGGGCACGGAGAUGACUGACCCGCCACAGCUGCCAGCACCGCACGCCUCUGGGGGGUGGGUGGGUCUCACGUCCCUGCCCCUGAACUUCUGGAAGGCGGGGCAGUGACUGGAACCCAUCUGGAACAAAGGGAAGGUGCAGGGCAACCAAAGUGUUUCGGUUCACACACAGGUAUUUUAAUUAGCAUGGCUCUGAUUUCUAUAAACAAGUCCUUGCCCCACGUG